ACAGCCAGUGCAUCCUGUAGUUGAUUACUCUAGUGUUGAGAGUGUUAAGAAAAGAAAGUUUUUUAAAAGCAACCAUUAAGUUAACGUUGUUUGAGCUUUUAUGCUUUGUCACUGGUUUCUGACAGCUGACUUGGUGCACAUGGGUGGUAAGGGUGUGUGGAAAGGCACCAGUUUAACUGGUAAAGAACCUUUUCUUGCUAAUUAAGGUUCUGGAUAACAUUGCAGUGACAGCUUUAAAAUAGCCACCUUGUGCUAAAAGACAAAUGUUUCCAGCUUCCCACACACAGUCUGAAUUACAUCAGUUAUAAUCUGUAGGAGGGUAUCAUGGUUUCCUCAGGGGAGGAUCAGCUGUUACUUUUCCUAACUGAAAAAAUACUGGAUAGUUUUUUUUUUUUUUUUGAGAAUAUUUUCAGAAUUGAUUUCUGUCAAACUGUGAAGGUGGAUCAUUAGCUGUUAUAUAACUCCUUCAGUUUUAAUAUGCCUGACCCCGCUCUGAUCCCAUCAGUGGCAACUCAGAGUAACGGCACUGAAGGUAGCAGAGGUCUGAUUGAAAUGAGGCCUCUGCACUUGGACACAUUUUCCACCUUCUGAAGUAGAAUGUGAUUUUUGAGCACUGCUAUGAAGUACAAGUUCUCAUAUAGGCACCUAUAAUAGAAGCCCUGUUCUAAGAUGUUUGCUUGAACAAAUGCUUGUCCUCACAGUAUUGUUUCUGAGCUUCAUAAAACUAAGAGCUGCUUCGGUUUGCCUCUGUGAUGGAAACAGCACUUAAGGCAGCACACUGCGUGGCAACCCAACUAAAUUGCUAUUUCUUUCACUGGAACAGGUUGGCUGUAGUCUUGGUGCAAGGCAGUAGAUAUGCUCUUGUGUAUCAAAUUGAUGCCCUUUUGGAACUAUCUACAGGCAACGUGGUUUUUUUCCACGUGCUAAGACUCUUGUAUGACAUGUUUCCAGGAUUACCAAUCUACCAGUGGCAGAUGUUGGUGAUAAAAAGCUGCUCUCAUUCUGUUUAGGAGAAUGGAAAAUCCCUGCAUUGAGACUUCACUGAUGUUUUCAAGACAGAGCAGCAGACAGUUGUUUGCAUUGUUUUGUGCUUGGUAUCCUAAGUGGGAGAGGCUGCUUUCUCACUUCAGGAUUCAGCCUUGUUGUCUUUUCAGUGCUUUUGUAUCAUAAGAUGCUCUUGUGUAUAUAGUGGAUGACUAAGCUUAUUCAGAGGUUAGAAAAGGCAGACAAUGUAGAGUAAGGAAAGAAGAAGCCAUGUAAGAGCAGAAGUCUGGGCUAAAUUUCUAUGCUUCUGAGGCUUUUUCCAUACUUCUUUAGAUGCUGAAGCAUUUCUUUGCCUAGAAAGGAGGGGAAAAUUAAUGACCCUCCUGUAGAAAAGGAAAACAGCACUACUAAUCUGAAGUGACAGUGCAGCUUGAAUACUUAACAGCUGUUUUGCUUAUACCUUUCCCAUGCAUUUGCAAUGAAGGAUGAAAGCUGUAGACGGAAUCUGACUGAUCUAGAAAGUGAAAUAUAAUCAAACUUGCUGAACCUAAAGUUCCAGGAAAUAAUGAAAAAAGUGUGCCACAACUCUUGAUCAGUGACCUGAAGUUUGAGAAGAAGUCACUAGCUAAGCUCAUGUUUUCUCCUGAUCAAGAAAAUCAUCCAUCAAAAGCACCGGUGAAGUAUGGUGAAUUGAUCGUAUUGGGGUACAAUGGGUCACUCCCAAAUGGAGAUAGAGGAAGAAGAAAAAGUAGAUUUGCUUUAUUUAAAAGGCCCAAGGCAAACGGGGUGAAGCCUAGCACUGUGCAUAUUGCCUGUACCCCUCAAGCAGCCAAGGCAAUAAGCAAUAAGGACCAACACAGCAUAUCUUACACUUUGUCUCGGGCCCAGACAGUAGUAGUUGAAUAUACCCAUGACAGCAACACAGAUAUGUUCCAGAUUGGUAGAUCAACAGAGAGCCCUAUAGACUUCGUUGUGACAGAUACAGUUCCUGGAAGUCAGAGUAAUUCAGAUACGCAGUCUGUGCAGAGCACUAUAUCAAGAUUUGCCUGCAGAAUCAUAUGUGAACGUAACCCUCCUUUUACAGCAAGAAUAUAUGCUGCAGGAUUUGACUCCUCAAAGAACAUCUUUCUUGGGGAGAAAGCUGCAAAGUGGAAGACAUCAGAUGGGCAAAUGGAUGGACUAACCACAAAUGGAGUUCUUGUUAUGCACCCUCGUAAUGGAUUUACAGAAGACUCCAAACCAGGGGUAUGGAGAGAGAUAUCUGUGUGUGGGAAUGUGUUCAGCCUCCGUGAAACCAGAUCAGCUCAACAGAGGGGGAAAAUGGUGGCACCUUUCUCUUCCUCUGUCCAUCACAAGGUUGAAAAUGAAACAAACCAGCUGCAGGAUGGCUCUCUGAUUGACCUGUGUGGAGCAACGUUGCUGUGGCGCACUGCGGAAGGGCUUUCGCGCACUCCCACUGUCAAGCACCUGGAGGCCUUGAGACAGGAGAUCAAUGCGGCAAGGCCCCAGUGUCCGGUGGGCUUUAACACCUUGGCGUUUCCCAGCAUGAAGAGAAAAGAUGUUGUAGACGAAAAGCAGCCGUGGGUGUACCUGAACUGUGGCCACGUCCACGGCUAUCACAACUGGGGAAACAAGGAGGAGAGAGACGGCAAGGAUCGCGAGUGUCCCAUGUGCCGCUCUGUCGGCCCCUACGUGCCUCUGUGGCUUGGAUGUGAAGCGGGAUUUUAUGUGGAUGCGGGACCUCCAACUCACGCAUUCAGCCCAUGCGGACACGUGUGCUCAGAAAAGACAACUGCUUAUUGGUCCCAAAUCCCUCUCCCUCACGGUACUCACACUUUUCAUGCAGCCUGUCCGUUCUGUGCGCAUCAGCUGGCUGGUGAGCAAGGUUACAUCAGACUCAUUUUCCAAGGACCUCUCGACUAACACACGUGUAACCAAGGACUGCAGUAAACUGAUAAGCUAAGCGAUUCUGAUUUUUAAAUCAACCAUUUUUUGUAUUCUCUGGGCUUUGCUGGUUUGUGUUAAGAUGAAGAAUUUGGGGUUUUUUGUUAUGACAGCUAAAUCCCUCUCUGUUGAGAAAGGUCUGCAAAUGGAAGAAAUAGGGGUAAGAGAGAAGUCCUGCUUGUUUAGUUAAUAACUGCUUCUUGUAGAGGUGAAGGAAGUAUUGCUGAGUGAAUUUAAAUGCCUUUCGUUCAAUGGUUUUGAAUCACAUGCCCCCACAGUAUUUGAAAUUUGUUUCCAUUCUUUUUGUAUAUGGAGGGUAAAUAGUUCAAAGAGCAGUAGUUUACAGCUUGGAUGCAAACAUUGUAAAAUAUAACGUGUAUAUUAACUCUUUUCUAUUUAUCUUUACUAUUGAAAACGCAUAGAAUGUUUAGAGUAGCAUGGUCAUAGUGAGUUACAUCCAGCAAUUGGAUGUGUAGAAUAGUUCUGGAUGGAGAAGGAGGUGAGAUGGAACUGGUAGAAAAAUCUUUUUUAAUCUGCAGUACUGAGUUCUUAGAAUAGUUAAAAUACUUUUUGAACAAAGCUAAUGCAAACUAUGAUGGUGUCAAGAUGUGCUUUAACCAUGUGAAAGGUAGCUAAGAAGGACUUCUUAAAAUGUCUUUUUGGUAGGACUGUACUUAAGAUCUGGUUAUGAGGAAAAUAUUUACCAGACUCUUUGAAUAUGCAACUUAGUCUAGAUUAAGGACUUUUUCCUCCCUUCAUGCUAACAUGUCUUUAUUUAGCAUUAGUGACAUUUCUGAGGGGUUUUUCCAAUGUUAACCUUUAACAGAACUGAAAGAUCAGGCUCGUUUUGUUCCUUGCUGUUUGGGGAGGUGGGGAGGAGUGCAUGUGCCCAUGCCACACGUGAUGUGGGGAGCAGUUUGUGAGUGGGCCCCAGUCUCUGCUUGAAGAAGGCUUUGUCAGUCACAUCAUCUGCCUUUUGUCUGGCUCCUUGCAGCUGUGCAUGUGGGAGCCAGCAGUAUCGUGUGCUUGCCUAUAUGCUGCUCUGAGGAGCUGGGUGCAGGUACUCAUCUAGGCCACACGUGGAACAAAAGAGAAGCCUGGUACCUGCUGGAUGUGUGCUGCAUCCUGGCGUCUUCGUGCACUUGAGCCAGUUGGCAAUCUGUUAGGGAAGAGCUUGCACUGGGACUGGCCUUGUAGACUUUGGUGUGGGAAGACUGUGUAAGAUCAGUUUGCACUGUGGCAGGCUGGAGGCUGUGGUCUCGGUGCUCUCCUUACCCUAACCCUCAUUUCCAUUCUGUGUUCGCCAGGAUAGGCCAGUGCACUACAUCCAGCUUUGCUGCUAACCCACCAUGUUUAAUGGCAAAUACACAAACUGACUUUCUUUUUUAGACCAACCUUUUGUUGUUUUUUUCAUAUGUACUGUAUAAUUGACGGUAGCAAAUCUCCAUACUUUAUACCUUGCUUUAAUUUUCCCUUUCAAAGCUGUUCUAAACUUUUUGGUUUCAAAAGAGAUGUAUGUUGCUUAGAUGUCAUGAAAUAUUUGCUUUCGACUGUCAAUUGUUUCUUCAUUUUUGAAAAGAAAUUAUAUAUAUUGUUUGGUUCACUCAGGAAAUGCAUGUGUCAGGAAACCUGUAUUAUAAGUUCAGUUAGUUGUCAUGUACAAGUAACUGCUGUUACUCCCUUUUCAUAGAAAUAUAACUGAUUUUGACAUUUUCCAGAUUAUAAUGCAUUAAGUAAUGAAGCUUAUGCAGCAAGAAACCCCCUGUAUUGUAGUUGUUCUAAUCAUUUUAUUCCAACUAUGUUAUACUGUAGUUUAAUUUUUAUUUGCAAAUUAAUUUAUUCAAACUAUGUGAGUAAACACUUUUCAAAAAUAGA